AUGAAAAGUAUAGAUGAUUAUAAAAAAAUAGUAAUUACUAUGAAAAAAAGAGUAAAGUUAUUGUAAUAAGAAAACUAAGAUCUAAAGAGGUUAUAAUAGGAGAAGGUUUAUGUUUAUUCUGAUAGAUAUACGGCAAUUAAGUAAUUGAAGAAAGCAGCAAAGAAAUUGGGAUUGACAACUGAGAUGUUUUUCAGGGCUGCUGACACAAAAUCAAUGGAAAUAGUCACAACAAAAAGAUUGGGAGAAAUAUUUAAAACAGUUGCUAAACUCCAUGAUAAUUAUGUGUAAGAGUUGCUAAAUAUUUUUGAUGUUGAUGAGUCGGGUUCAAUAACAAGAGAUGAAUACUAUUAGACUUUAGAGAUGUAUUAAAUCAACGAAGAGUGUGGUAGCAAUUUCAAUCGAAAUUCCUAUUCAAAGUUUAUUUAUUUUUUAAAAAAAGAGCAGUAUGAUGGAAUUAUAGGUUUUAUUAAGAUGGAUCCAAAUAAGUUGGGUUACAUUACAAGGGAAAUGUUUGUUGCAUUCACUUAAAGUUUAAAUAAUUGGCAAUAGUAUUUAACAUUGAGGGAAAUUUAUUCAGCUUAUCAAUAUAUGGAUAUAUCAGAGAACGAGCAAAUUUCAAGGGAGGAAUAUUUAUAAGCAUUUGAGAAAUUACCUGCACUUCCUCAGGCUGGUAAAAUAUAGGAGUAGAAAGUAAAUGUGUUGAGAAAGGUGCUUUUGAUUAAGGGAGUGAGAUUGAGUAGUUUUGUAUUGGAAUUGAUGCUCUCUAUUCAAAAACCGGAAGAUGGAAUAACCAUUGAAGUAUUCUAUAGAGUAGCCAAAUAAUACUUGGAUAAGAAAGAAACACUGUCAUUGUUUAAGUUAAUGGAUUAUUAAGAAAGGGGUUCUAUAGAUUAUGAUGAGAUAAUGAGCUUUUAUUAUAUGACAAUGAGUUAUGGGGAUUCAUUUGAGAUUGUAUUUACUAUUUUGGCGAGAAAACUAUAGGCAAUGAAUAUGUCAAUAGAGAAGUAUUUGAAGUAGGAAUAGAUUUAUGCUGAGACUCAAUUGACGGUGGAAUAAUUUAGUUCGAUUGCUUAUGAUUUAUUUAAUACUCCAAAUUAUGAGAUUUCAUCAAAGUUAUUUGAAGCAAUGGAUCUUGAUAAUUCUGGAGUUGUGUCAGCUUAAGAAAUUAUUACUUAUACGAAUGAUUCAUUAAAAAAUUACAGUUUGUUAUUGAGACAGAAGUCAUAAACUUAAACGACUGUGAUGUUUGAAGAUUUUGAUUCCACGUAGAUUGAGAUUGCAAAUUUAGACAUUGAAGAAUAAUUGUUGUUUGAAUUGAAAAAAUACAAAACAACUUUUUCUGAUAAGGAUAGAUUUUAAAAUUUUCAAUAUAUUUUUACGAAUGAAAUUUCAUGUUUGCUUGUGUGUUUGUAGAUUGUUGAGAAUCUAAAAUUGAGCAAACAAAAAUAUUGGGAAGAUCCUGAAUUUGGAUCACAUAAAAUGGAUCCAUUUGGGGCUAAUUCUAUAUUUAGAGUUGAAAAUUUACCAAUUACAGGAUGGCCAGAUGCAAAAGAUUUAUGUUGGUAGAGGAUCUCUGAAAUUUGUGGUGAUUGGGUGUUUAUGGAUGAAAAUGGUGCAAAUGCCAAUGAUGUAAUCUAAUCACAUUAUUUAGGAGAUUGUUGGCUGAUAUCUGCAUUAUCUAUUAUAGCUGGCAAUGAUAAGUAUUUGGUAGAUCAAAGUGAUAUCAGCAAAGGCUUAUAUCCAAAGUUAUUUCAUUUUCUAAGCAAAUAUGGAAUCAUUGUUAUCAAAUUUAAUAAAAUGUUUAGAGAUGUUUAUGUAGUCAUUGAUGAUCGAUUUUGUACAUAUAAUAAUAAAUUGUUAUUUGCUGAAUGUAGGAGUGAAAGAGAAUGGUGGGUACAAAUCAUAGAAAAAGCCUAUGCCAAAUUGCAUACUUGUUAUGAAUCACUUACAUCAGGAGACAUUUCUUAGGCCUUAUUUGAUUUUACUGGCAUACCUUGUACCAGGCAUGUUAUUGAUGAGACCAAUAUUACUAAAGAUCCUGUAGAACGGAAAAAAUUUUUAUUAAACCUAUUUGAAAUUGGUAAAUAAUCAAAAGCAUUAAUGGGAUGUUCAGCUCAUGGAACAGGCUAAGUGCUAUUAAAUAGUGAGGAAACAGGAUUAUACAGAGGACAUGCCUAUAGUAUAUUGCAUUACUUUCAUUUGAAGGAUGAUCAAUCCAGAAUACACAAAUUAAUUAUGCUCAGAAAUCCAUGGGGGUUUGGAGAAUGGAAACUCAAAUGGUCAGAUUAUAGUCAAUAAAUGAAUGAAAACUUCGAAUUGAUUCAAGCUUACUUUAAGGAGGAAAUCUAAAGAUGCAAAGAAAAUGGUGAUGAACCUCCUGACCCUUAUGCUUUAGGUGAUGACGGUAUUUUCAUUAUGAAUUUCAAAAGUUUUCACAAUGUCUUUAAUAAUAUUUUCAUGAGUGUUAAUCUGGAUGAAAAGUGGUCUGUCAUGAGAAUUUAUGACAGCUUUACUAAAGAACAUUUGGGCACUCCUACUAAAAAUGAAAGAUCUCAAGCUCUUUAUCCAUUUAACAACCCUAGGUACACAAUUCGAAUAAAUCACCCCUUUCCAAAUAAGAAGAUUUAUAUCACUCUCUCAUAAAGAGAUGGAAGAUUGGAUAGAUAAGCUAAGUAUCCUUAUGAAGGCAAGCUCGUUAAGAUUAUCAUGUGCUUAUUUUAAUUAUAGUAAAAUGAAACUGAACUCACUAAAUUUUAAAAGCCUGUUCAUGACUCCAAAUUACUUUCAGGUAGAAGAGAUAUAGAUAUGGAGGUGUUCUCUGUUCAAAAUGCAACUUAUGUACUCAUUCCUUCAGCACAUAAACCUAAUAUAACUGGAGAUUAUGUGAUUUCUGUCUAUUUCGAUUUCCCACCUAACGGUAUCAUUAUAGAGAGUAGUACAAAUAAUCAAUUCUUGUUGCAACCAAAAAUAUAUACAUCUCUUAUGCAAAAUCCUACGCUAUUAAAGUUAUUUAAUAAACUAUGA